CUCAUACAAAUCUAGCAGGCUGUCUUUGCUCCUCUCACACCUCACUUGAUCGCAUUCGCACGCCUCUAUGGCUGCCCCUUCGUCGUCGUCGGAAGCUGACAAGGAAGCUGCUUCCAACGAUGACGGUCGGCGUGGCAGAGGACCAUCUCGUGUCCGCCCAGACCACCCUCGUUGCGUAGCAUCAUGCCUCUCGUCCAUUGAAGCAUGCACCGACUCGGUGGCCGAGUGCACAGAUGGCAUGGAUCGUAGGCAAUUGCAGCGCAACGAAGAGGCCAGGAGGAAGCGCGAUGAGCGAGGGUCAAUACCGGAUCCAAUCUGGAAGCGAAAGGGCAUCGUGCCUCUCGUCUUCAUCGUCCUGGCUUGGGUCUACCUUGUCUACGUAUGGCGCUUGUGUUCACCCGCCAUCCGACAGCAAGACUCUCCUUCAUCACAUCCUGUCCGCCUGGCAUCCAGACCAACGGGCAUUGGCCUCCUUGUGGCCUUCAACAUCCUCUGGCUGAUGACGCUAUGGUGCUAUUUGCGCGUCAUCCUCACGCCUCCGGGAUACGUCAACGACUACUUCGACAAGGAGAGCAUGCCGUCGCCGAUACAGAGCGAGUGGAUGAGGGACAAUGUUGGGGGACCAUACCUUGGUGAGGAGCAAACGCAGCCAAUUCCUCAUUCGCAGCAGCAGCAGGAGCAGGCGCCGCAAGCUAGUGGUAGCGGCGAAGCUACAGAAUCACCAGCUGGUCCGCACGACAAUGACGGCCAUCCGGUCGAUCCCAGUAUGCCUGCUCUUGUUGGGCCCAUUGGAGCUGGCAUGCUUGCGGCGUCGGCUGAAGAUGACGAGCAUCGGCAGCAACGGCAGCGCCAACACUAUCAGUCUACCCCUGCUACCUUCGACGAAUCGUCCUCACAAACGCAGACUAUCCAACCACCACCACCCGCAGCUCUCAAGCCCUCCUCUACGGCAGCUCCUGCCCUUCCGGUUCCUUCCCAUCAGCAACAACGAAGCAACGCUCCACCCCCCGUGUGGCAAGGCCUCACUCCCAAACCCGUCCGUUCCCCGCCUUAUCCAGACUACGCUCCCCUUGCCCGCUCCAAUCGAUACUGCCACCGCUGCCGCCACGUCAAGACACCUCGAGCGCACCACUGCAGGCACUGCGGGCGAUGCGUCAUGCGAAUGGAUCACCAUUGCCCCUGGGUAGGGGGAUGCGUGGGUGCGCGAAACCACAAAUUCUUUUGGCACUUUCUACUUUGGGUCACGAUCCUCGAACUCUUCACCCUCAUCAGUGCCGCUAUCCUCUUCACGCGCGGCGUCAAUGGCGGAGAUCGCGGCCAGUAUUCCGCUUGGACGGUGGACGGCUUCGUCAUCUCCCUCUUCCCCAUCUGUGGGCUCUUCAUCCUCUUCACUUCUCCCUUGCUCGUCACGCACUCUUGGCUGCUCUCCAUCAAUCAGACGACCAUCGAGCAUCUGGAGGUUGCGCGUAUCAAUCGACGCGAGGAGCUGAGCUUACAGAGCUACUUCAGCAAAGGAGGAGUGGGCUUUGAAGAGGAGACAAAGGGGAAGGGACCAUGGAGCUUCGAGGCGUUGAGGGGUAAGAAGAGGAUUCAGAAGGAGUGGGAGGGCGAAUGGGGACAUCUGCGCUAUGAAGCCAACUUGUGGAAGGUAGAGCAGGAGGCUCCUUUGGGAGCUAAAGGUGGCGAGCGCUACAAGAAGCAGACUACCCGAUUCAAGGACGGGCUGCUGAAUUGGCGCUUCAUGAUGGGGCAACAGCCUUGGCAAUGGGUGUUGCCACUCGGUCAUAGCGCAAGUGACGGUCGAGACUACCCAGUGAAUCCGAGGCAUGGAGAGUACGGCCAGUGGAGGACGAGGAGAGAGUGGCCAGAGGAGCUCAGAUGACGACGACACGACGGACUUUGCAACAGCGCAAGAAGCAGCGCGACGAUGACGACCACAUGUAGAUAUACCCACGCCACGCCAUGGACCUUGCCCUUGUGACUCUUACUUCUAUUGCACUCCAGCAAAAAUCAAGUCUAGAAUCGCACGAACGCUGAGGCGUACGAGACCGACGAGUCGCGAGCUGUUUGGCAGGGGCUCGAUUGCUGAUACGGGGAGGAGGUGGGAGAGGCGUCAGCGCCAUGGCUGACGGGAGCAACGUUGUGUCUGGCUUCUCUUGCUCACCUCGUACCUCGUAAAUCGCACUUCCAGCCCUUCUUUCCCUCCUUCACCAACCUUGCCCUGCUCCUCCAAACAAGCCAGAGCCCCGAGAAGCACGGCAAUGGGGUGUCUCCCGCAAAUCGUG